AUGAGAGAGAGGGAGACCAAACGAUGCACGACGAAGGUGGUGCGAGAGGAUUUGGCGCGCAACGAAGAGCAGCGAGCAGAAAAGACCGGCGGCAAGUCCGGUAACAACGAGCACUGCGUGAUCCCCAGCGUAGCAGCAAGUGCGAAGAAGAUGGAGCGGUUCAGCGAGAUCGUCCAUCAGCGUGAGCUGGCUCAAGGUAAGCUCACCACUAUACUUGAAAGCGUGGCAAGUGCCACGACGCUUACAUGGGCCACGUUGAAGACGUGCCAGAAGGACGUAGAAGCCGCGUACGAUGCGUACCACACGGCAUACGGUCAAAUCCUCGGCAUGGUCUCGGCAACCUUACGGGACGAGCAGGAUGCUCUCUACGACGCCUUCGAUGACUUGCACACGGAGGUCCUAACGGUCAUCGAAGAAAAGUUGCUAAAGGUGAGCCAGGCCACACGACGAAGAAAUGCGUACACGCCUGGUGUACCACAAUGGGUGGACGAGACAACGAACCCAACAACCACUAAGAUCGUCGGAGGCGCCAACGAGGCGGCCAUCGGCGAACCCCAGAAGCGUUCCGGGAAGCUGCUGGCAGAGCAGCUGGACAUGGAAGAUCGGGUACGACCGGAGUUUACCAUCCCGCAUGGUGAACGGUCCGAGAACAACCACAAGAUCGAGAAGCCCAAGACAAUCAUCGACACAUGCAAGAUCGCUGACGAGAAGGACUCGUCACAUCCCACCAAGAAGCCACCCGGGCAGAACGCAAAGGACAACCCGGGUCAGCAGCAAAUGGCCAUGACCGCCGGAAGAGAGCCGGCACAGACGUGCGACGUGUGCGGACUAGGCCAGCACAAGAGCUGGAAGUGUCCGCAAUUCCUAGCGAUGACAGCCCCCCAGCGGCUGAUCAAGACGAAGGAGAAGCAACUCUGCUUCAAUUGCCUCCGGACGGGACAUACCUCGACGCAGUGUGUGUCCACCGGAGCGUGCGCGACGUGCGAGGAGCGGCACCACACCCUGCUGCACGCCGAGUACCAGAGAAACUCAAAGCAACCGACAACACAAACGAAGGUGGAGCAACCUGGUGCUCCACAACAAGCCGAAACGGAUCAAGUGACGCCAGAGGCCAGCUCCUCUGGACAACUAGCGCCGGACGCGCUGUCAGUCGUCGCGGACUUACGAGACGAUCCCUGCAGCCCAAACCCUUGCCGUGGUUUAUUGAUCACAAGUAAGUUCGACACACACUUGACGAAGAACACUCUGGACAGACACAACGCGAACGAGUUGGCUGGCGUCGAACAAAUGCAGCCACGUUCCGACACAUCGAUGAUUCCUGCUGGAGUCCAACUCGCCGUCAGAGUCAACUUGGUGGCUCUGCGCAAGACGAGCUUCAGCCAGGGCACGAACAACACCACUGGAAGCAGCGCAGCACGCGGAAAAGCGGUAAGGGCUCAAGCCACGACGUUUGAGGACGAACCAGAGUUGAACAAGGACAUCGAAGAUCGUGGAGUUGGUGAAACCUACAAGGAAACAAGUUUAGUGAGUGAUCAAACAACACAAGGAAGGUUUUACCUGCUGUUCCAGGCGAUGCUACAAACAUCGAAGAUAACGCUGGCUUUCCAAGCCGAGCGUUUCCAAGGAGGAGAGACAAGGUGCAGCGCCCGGCUGCAAUCAACGCUCUUGACGGCGGCGCGUACAAGUACGCCGCACAAGGCUGCUGCAGUUGGCACACAGCUGAGGUUUGAUGAGCGUUCAAAACAUCGAGCAACUGCAGCACCAGUGAUUAUGAAGAAGACGAAGAGUGGCUCUGGAAGAACCCACCCACACCAGCGGUCGGUGUGCGCCGACCCACUGACGAAGAGGACAUUUGGAGCCGCUGGAGAUGGUCCAGGUGGAAACAGAAAAAGAUGCCGGUUUCCGACAAUCGGCUUGCAACAGGAGGUACUGAAGAUCAUCUCUCGAGUCAUUCAGUACGAGGAAUCUGAAAGGCAGCCCCAGCGACUGCUACGCAACAGGACCUGUAAGUACGACAUGAAGCUAAGCAUUUUUGGAAACAAGAUGAAACAGGUCCGCAUCAGGUUGCGGAACCGAAAGCCCCCCGAAGUAAUUGAUCGGAACUUGCCUGGAUCUGGUCAACGAACGGCGAUCGGAACUCCGACCAACACUGGACGGCAGAAGUCCGAGAUCUGGAUCGCUUGGAGAACACUUGCAGUUUUCCGCGGGUGGAGGAUGUUCGAGCCUGAAUCUGUCAGCUCGAAGAAAUUUUUGGUUUUGAUUUGGCAGCACUGCGCUUGCUGCGACCAAAACGAGAAAGAAAGUGGCAACCCAGCUGGCGUCGUUGCCAACAACAAAGAGAGCGCGCGCAACGAGCUGCGCGAGAAAUCAAGCGUGUCAAAGCUGGCAACAACGCGCCGUUGACGACGGCUCGACAACGACAUGAGAGAGAGGGAGACCAAACGAUGCACGACGAAGGUGGUGCGAGAGGAUUUGGCGCGCAACGAAGAGCAGCGAGCAGAAGUGAGCGCGUCGAGACAAGUCUAUCGCAAGCAGCCGAACCGGUCGGACGUCAAGUCGAGCGCGUCGCGAUCGUCGGAAGGAAACACAAAUAAUCGCUAAAAUUAAGUUAAGUAGCCGUAAAUAGAAUUAGUGAGAGAAAAAUUCAAGUGUUGUGUUUGAGUUUGCGAUACUUCCGACCCUCCAAACUGGUUCCCCAAGUCCGCCGGAAGUUUGUGUGAAAAAAUACAGUCCGCUCCGAUCACUGUGAAAUUGGUUAUUGGACAUCCAAAAAUUACUAGGAGGAAUUAAGAAGUGGCGGAAGGUUAUAGUAAGGUAAACAAUUGAUAGAUGUUCCGCGGUAUCGACGAAACACUGCUUGGGCGGAUUUUCCUCGCUCGAUUUAUUUGGCUUUAUAGGCCUGAUUUCCAGAGAUUUUAAUGGUCACCCGGUUUUUCGUUUGGUGGUCAUCCUCAAGCUGAACCGUUUCUGACCCAAGUAACAUUAUUUGUCACCGAUGCUUAAUCCAGACAAGUUUGAAACAAACAAAAUGAGUAGAUACGACUAAUGUGUAACCUUUGGCGUGACUGGAAAAGCGCAAUUUGGAAGCUGAUUUGAAACAUCUUUCAAGUUAAGAAAUUUGUUGAAAAAAUGUUGUCAAAAUGUUUCGAUUAAGUUGUCAAAAUAAGAAAUUUUGUAAAGUUGUACCAGGUAUGUUAUGUUUAAGUUGCAGCAAUUUUAUGUUAACACGUUGAUUUCAGUGUUUACUUGAAGUUAAGUUAUUCUGUCAGAUAUUUCUUCCCCUCAACAAAUGCAAAACAUAUUUAGGAAUAUUGAUGUCUCAAUUAUGUUUUUGCUGAUGAUGAAAAAAAAUGACAAGUUCGAAAAUGGUUUUCAUUCCUUCUUCGGAACAGUAUCUUAUAAUGGUAGUUAUAAUGGUCAUUAAACAUCUGAUUCAAGUGCGAAUUAACUUUCACCGAACGAAAAUUAAUUAUACUUUUAAUUUUUUUACGGGCCUUAUUUUUUAAGGAUAUUUUUCCUUGAAAAAAUAUUUCAAAUUGCUGCAAAAUAAAUGCUAAUGAUUGUUUUAUCUAUCAAUACGUCAGAUAGUCAGAAGAAACAAAAGCAUUUAAUAAUGUUAUUCAUUUCAAACCAAAUUUAAUCAGUUCAAUUACAAAAUUCUGAAACAAUUUAAUUUGUAAUCAUCAAAAAAUUACAAGAAUGAAAGAAACAGCAUGGCCUCCAUCGAAAACAGGGUCAAAUCUAGGCAUCACUUCAAAAAAUGAUAGCAAAAUAAUUGUCUAUCUAAACUGGCACAUUUAAUUUACCGAUUAUAUUUUCUAUGCACAAAGAAAUUUUGAAAUGAAAGUAUUUACAAUUAGAUUAAAAAUAAUUAAAUAUAUUAAACCAAAUUUAAACCAAUUAAACAUACAGAGACAUAUUUUUGAUCAUUAUUAGUCUGUGUAUCUUUAAAUUACGAAAAUUGUGAAGACUUCAUAUUAAAAGUAUUUUCUACAGUAUUUCAAAGUAAAAAACAUUCGGAUUGCAUGACAAAAUCAUUGUCGUACAUCUUAACACGACCCUUGAUACGACCCUGCUGUUUGACAUUUUUGCCAAGUUUCAGUUUGUUGCAUUUUUGUUGAGAUAAUGUUUUUGGAGCAUCUCAACAAAUGUUUUGUUAUGUUGCAAAUAAGUGUUCACAUUUUGUCCGUCUGUAGCGGGAAGUGUCAACAUGCCAAACGUUUUGGAUUAGUUGUGUGAAGCAGUCCAUGUUUUCGUUAGAUUAAAAAUGAUUUGUGUCGUGCAGACUAAAAAAGAAAGAAUUGCCGACCGGAAAUGACUAGCACGCAGCUUUCGCCAGUAAAUUCACUUUGGAUUGAAAGUCUUUUGAAAGCGCAUUGUUGGGCACAAAAACGUAUAAAAAACACUUUUUUAUGUUCCGGUGAUCGAUUCCCCAAUUCUGGAGAUCUUCUGUGGGUUAGGUUUGAGGGAAAUCUGCAGGCUCGUAAUCGUCAGACUAAUUUUGCAAUGCAUCAUUGUCGGAAUCUAUGGCAGACGUCAGGCCAAAUCAGGGGUUGUGAUGAAUCCAUCCGCUAGUCAGGUUUUGGUUUCUGUAUGCUGUUCAAUGGAGUCUGCAUUUAUGUUUACCAGUUUAGCCUUUUUAACACGCUACAUUUCGCUGGUUCUUACGCCAGAUUUCGGAAUCCGAAAGCGAUUAUGAUCUUUCCUUUUCUUCAAAGUCCGCGCUAGUUUUUACUCGUCGGACAUAAACUAAAUUAAUCAAAACAAUCUUGCAAUACGUAAAUUUGUUUGGCUAAUGAAUGUUACCGCUACAUAUUCACAACAUAGUUCUCACUAAAUGUAAAGUUGUCAAGUUGUUACAAAAAUAACUUAAUGAUAACAAAAUAUGUUUCAACUCAUCAGCUUUUUCAGUUUCCCAGGAGGCAAGGAGAAGGUCAAAGACACUCAUUAUAUUUUGUUUCAAAUUAGUUGCCAAUAAGUGUCGCCCACAAAAUCCAAAUGGUUGUAACAAAUGUAACUUUUUUACGCCCCUGAUAUAACAUAGUUUGGACUUAGCCAUUUGAAACAUGUUUCCCUAUGCUACUUGGGGAAUUAUCAGCAUCACCUGACUUUAUUCAAUACCUACCGAUUUGAAUCGUUUACUUUCCCAAACUCCCUCACCGAUGAGCAGUUUGCGUUACGGACCAAACCUGUACGAAUUCAUCGAGCGGGAUUCCCGUGGUCCACCUAAGUAAAAUGUACCGAAAAUCAUAGAAAAACAUAAAAAUUUAUGAAUCCAGUGUAGUAAGCUUAUGCUUUGGAAUGUUCCCUUCAAUGUUGUAUACUUGGUUGAUGAAAUUUUUUAAUUGAAACUAUUUUUUGAGCCACUUUAAAAAAAAAGUUAUUCGACUAACUUUCCAGGGUGCGGGGCAGAAUGGACCAUCCUGGAAAACAAGCCAUUUCUUCUAAUACAACGUUGAAGGGUGAUAAGAAAUUACUUGAGGGACCUUUCCAUUAUAGUUUCCAUGAAAUUUGAUCACUUUUGAGCAUGAGCAUGAGCAUGAGAGACCACCCAUGGUUGUCCUUCUCCGUUGCUGAACAGGACCGUAAUAUCCUAUCAAUACAACCGACCAUACGCUUGAACGAUCUAAUGGUGUUUCCCUUAUCAACAGCAUGUAUGAAUGCGUUGAAAAGAUAAAACAUCAAGAUCAUUAAAACUAGAUCUGAAGCAAAUAGGUAACAGUCAUUGGCCACCAACGGCGCCCGCCAUGUCAGUUUGUAGAUCUCGGGGGGAUUGGGACGGGAAUGUUAGUUAGCACAGGUUGCUACCAAGGGUGGGUUCUAUACGAUAUCCACACCCCCACGUGUGCCGGAAAACUACUUCUACUUGGGAUUUUGUUAGUGGGUAAGGGUAAUGGCCAGGAUUCAACAUAGAGGAUGAUGAUGCGACCCAAUAAUCAAUAAAUUUGGUUUAAUAGUGUGAUGAAUUAUGCAUUCUCAAGGCAAACAGUCGGAGGAUGCGGAUGAGAUUAUUCCCGGUUAUUUGGUGUUGAGUUUAGCAUUAAUGAUUCAAUCUUAGACAGCCGGCUGUGGAAAGAUAAAACCAAAUAAAAUGCGAAAACGCGAAACCGCCCGGACCGAAAAACCCACACAAUCGAAAACGGCAACGAAAAUCCUGCGUGAUAACCGCGACGCGCACCGUUCAAAUCCGCCAAAGCAACUGUCAAACAAUCGCGAAAUCACCCGGGUCGAAAUACACACACAAUCGGGGGGAAAACAAAGACGGAAACGGCAACGAAAAUCCUGCGUGAUAACCGCGACGCGCACCGUUCAAAUCCGCCAAAGCAACUGUCAAACAAUCGCGAAAUCACCCGGGUCGAAAUACACACACAAUCGGGGGGGAAACAAAGACGGAAACGGCAACGAAAAUCCUGCGUGAUAACCGCGACGCGCACCGUUCAAAUUCUCCAAAGCAACUGUCAAACAAUCGCGAAAUCACCCGGGUCGAAAUACACACACAAUCGGGGGGAAAACAAAGACGGAAACGGCAACGAAAAUCCUGCGUGAUAACCGCGACGCGCACCGUUCAAAUCCGCCAAAGCAACUGUCAAACAAUCGCGAAAUCACCCGGGUCGAAAUACACACACAAUCAGGGGGGAAAACAAAGACGGAAACGGCAACGAAAAUCCUGCGUGAUAACCGCGACGCACACCGUUCAAAUUCUCCAAAGCAACUGUCAAACAAUCGCGAAAUCACCCGGGUCGAAAUACACACACAAUCGGGGGGAAAACAAAGACGGAAACGGCAACGAAAAUCCUGCGUGAUAACCGCGACGCACACCGUUCAAAUUCUCCAAAGCAACUGUCUAACAAUCGCGAAAUCACCCGGGUCGAAAUACACACACAAUCGGGGGGGAAACAAAGACGGAAACGGCAACGAAAAUCCUGCGUGAUAACCGCGACGCGCACCGUUCAAAUUCUCCAAAGCAACUGUCAAACAAUCGCGAAAUCACCCGGGUCGAAAUACACACACAAUCGGGGGGAAAACAAAGACGGAAACGGCAACGAAAAUCCUGCGUGAUAACCGCGACGCGCACCGUUCAAAUCCGCCAAAGCAACUGUCAAACAAUCGCGAAAUCACCCGGGUCGAAAUACACACACAAUCGGGGGGAAAACAAAGACGGAAACGGCAACGAAAAUCCUGCGUGAUAACCGCGACGCACACCGUUCAAAUUCUCCAAAGCAACUGUCAAACAAUCGCGAAAUCACCCGGGUCGAAAUACACACACAAUCGGGGGGGAAACAAAGACGGAAACGGCAACGAAAAUCCUGCGUGAUAACCGCGACGCGCACCGU